GAUAUUAAACUGUCAGAGGCUGCUGCGUCGUGACUGAUGUGAACAACAACUAAUUUCAUACUGACACAGGAUGACAGGGACUAUUCAAUAUGUUAAUGUGCAGCUGCGAGCCCCCAGCCUUUACUUAUCCCAUUCAAACAGGCCUAAACGCGUCGCUCCUUCUCUUCAAGUACCCUCCUCUGGGAAAUUUCCUGUACGCAAACUGGUCCUGUUAUUCCCAGUAAGCGUCCUGAAUCACCACCGUUAAACUGGUCCACCUCUGUAAAAUGGGAAUCCAGGGAUAUGAAACGAAUAAGUAACGUUAGCCACACGCAUAGCUCUACGGGCAUUUCAUUCCCGGCUCGCAAAACGCAUUUCUUUGUGAAAAUAUCCAAAUUACAACAUAUUUUCCUCUAAAAACAACGUUACUGCGGUCCAGCUCCAGCCAGCGGUGACCCGCUCCGGGUUUUACGAGCCUCUUCCCGCCGCAGUGGGAGGAAGUUGAACCACAAAGCAAGCAGUGCCACUGUGCUAGCAAAAACACUGAAAAAUACAUCGAAGAGGGACUUCAACUAAACAUGUGCCAUAUUGGAGCUGGGAAACGAACAGCUUAAUCGAGAGGAGCGGGGAGUAUCGGCUGGCACGGGGGACUGAAGGCAGCGGACGGACUCUCGGCGUAGCUACUUAGCUGUUAACUAGCCGCCUGUGGGCUCCUUCAGCACGGAUAGCCUGGGAGGCAGGAGUCGCUCGGGGCAGGCGGAGUGCGACGCUCGGCUCCCCUCGCUUAAUUUGGAGAUAUCGACCCCCGUGUGGUCGAUCUACGAGAGAAGCGCAGCAGCACCGCGUCGUGUUGGCUGUUUAACAUCACCCAGGGCGGUCAACUGUGUCCUCUGCCCCGGUGUCUUAUCGGUUGAUCACAGUUGACGGCGACGAGGAAAAGUUCUCGCAGGAGCAAACUACCGCCGGCCAGCCGAGGCGAUCUCCCAGCGCUCCCUCCCCCCUCCUCCACCAUCAGCGUCACCAUCAGCCCACAGUCGGUGGCUCUGUGCUGGAUCUCCAGGCGAGGAGGGUCCCCCCCAACGCUCGGGGUAACUCAACAAGCAGCUAUGGAUUAUCUUGUGCGACACCGUCCCUGUUUUUGAAGCCAUCGGACUCUCGAAGAGCGCCGCUUUUUUCGGAGACGUUGCAAGACUUCCCCCAAGCCAGUUUCCUCGCAGCCGUUAGCUUAACGUUAUUAAGUAAAUCGCCGUCUGAAAUCGAGCCAGUGUUACUGUUACUCUGCCAGCUAGUGACUCUGCUUGCUGCUGCCAUCAGGGGCAUUUUUAUGCGGGUGCUCAAGUGAAAUAACCCAAACUAGACGUACAGACUGAUUAGUCACUCCACACUUUAUCCGAUAGUUAGCCCAGUGGCUAGCAGGUCUCAUUUUGCUAGCUAGCGUGGUGGCUAACUAGCAGACGAACCCAAAUAUCGAUAUUGCCAGCAGGCUACAGCAAGUUAGCUUUCGGGCUUUGGUGUGGAUUUGGCUUGUGAUUAGUUAAUCGCGCUCUCUCAAUUGGAUUCUGGUGCUAAACCCAAUCGGGGUGUUGGACCACAUCUUUUCGGACGACAUUUCUUGUGAGUGACGAGCAGUUAGGGAGCAUUUCUGCCUUCGUUACACAGGAAGCCAAGCCAGCAUCGACGGCAACAUAAACAGCAGCGGUGUGUUUUAUGGUGCAAAUCAUGAGUCCUGGCUCAUCUCUAACCUGUGCUGCUGUGCUUUCAUUUGUGCCAAUACGCGUGUGAGAGAAAAGCUGCAGUUUUUGGUGCACCAGCUGAGAUAUUAAGGACGACGGAGCAGCACCCUGAUGGUACACAUUUCAACCUGUCGUCGAGUGUCCUCCCUCGUUGAUUUCCCUUUUUUCGGUGUCGCUGGUCGUUUGAGACGAAGCAAACCAGCUACACGUGUCCCUGUUUUAUUAAGGUAAAGCUGCUUUUCUGCUGCCAAGGCACAGAAGGAGCCAGUCCCAUCUCACUGUGCAGCCACUCCACUAAAAUUAGAACAUUUUUUCGACAGCACAGUGUUUACAUUUUACGGAGAAAACCCUGAGACACAUGCCGCACUGGAGACAAACCAGUCGUUUGGACACGUUUCCAUCAAGAGGACCGGGAGAGUCCCCAGAGACUUGUAGGAUUUGACAGCUGUCUCCAGAUCCAGCAUCUGGUGCAUCUUACCUAUCCGUGUGAGACAUAUCACAUUACUAUAAAGCGAGGAAGUGCUGGCCUCAAAAGGAGAUCUCAUCAGUCUGCAUUGUUUCUGUCUCAAAGCGCCUGGUAAAGAAACGUGCAUUUUUGCACUAAAUGGGAUUACAAGGACGGUGAUCUAGCGGGCCUGGUGACUGUUAAUCUCUCGAGCAGCCUGCCACCAAAUGUCUCCCCUCCUGAAUUUCCCCUUUUCUGUCACAACGAUGGCAGUUUGAGGCGAAGUGAGCAGACUACCGCCGGAGACAACGACACCAUUCCAGUCGAUGGUCAGCCCUGCCGUCCGCUCAGCUGGCCCUGUCGCGCCCCUUGACGCUUGAUGUUGGUCAUAUCUGGUGGAGGACACUGUUUUUUUAAUUCCCUAAAACCAAACCCAUCCCCAGCCCGGUUCUUUUAUUGAUUUGGUCGUCCCAGGGUCGAAAGAUGGCGGACCUCGAAGCAGUGCUCGCCGAUGUCAGUUAUUUGAUGGCGAUGGAGAAGAGCAAAUCUACUCCAGCGGCCCGGGCGAGUAAGAAAAUCAUCCUGCCUGAGCCCAGCAUUCGCAGCGUGAUGCAGAAGUACCUGGAGGAGAGAGAUGAACUGACAUUUGACAAAAUUUUCAACCAGAAAAUUGGCUUCCUGCUGUUCAAGGACUUCUGUAUGAAUGAAAUCGACGAGGCCGUGCCGCAGCUCAAGUUCUACGAAGAAAUUAAGGACUACGAGAAGCUGGACUCCGAGGAGGAGCGGUUGAGCCGCAGCCGGCAGAUUUACGACGGCUACAUCAUGAAGGAGCUCCUGUCCUGUUCACAUCCAUUUUCUAAGAAAGCAGUGGACCAUGUGCAGAGUCACUUAACAAAGAAACAGGUUCCCCCGACUCUCUUUCAGCCCUACAUAGUGGAGAUCUGUGACAGCCUGAGAGGGAAGAUCUUCCAGAAGUUCAUUGAGAGUGACAAAUUUACUCGUUUUUGCCAGUGGAAGAACGUGGAGCUCAACAUCCACCUGACCAUGAACGACUUCAGCGUGCAUCGGAUCAUCGGCAGGGGCGGCUUCGGCGAGGUGUACGGCUGCAGGAAGGCCGACACGGGGAAGAUGUACGCCAUGAAGUGUUUGGACAAGAAGAGGAUCAAGAUGAAGCAGGGGGAGACUCUAGCGCUCAACGAAAGAAUCAUGCUGUCGUUAGUCAGCACAGGGGACUGCCCGUUCAUUGUGUGUAUGACGUACGCCUUCCACACCCCCGACAAGCUCUGCUUCAUCCUGGACCUCAUGAACGGGGGUGACCUGCACUACCACCUGUCUCAGCACGGCGUGUUCAGUGAGAAAGAAAUGCGUUUCUACGCAGCUGAAAUCAUCCUGGGCCUGGAGCACAUGCACAACCGCUUCGUCGUCUACAGAGACCUCAAGCCAGCUAACAUCCUGUUGGACGAGCACGGUCACGUUCGUAUCUCCGACCUCGGCCUGGCCUGCGACUUCUCCAAGAAGAAACCCCACGCCAGCGUGGGCACUCAUGGUUACAUGGCUCCGGAGGUCCUUCAGAAGGGGACGGCGUACGACAGCAGCGCCGACUGGUUCUCCUUAGGCUGCAUGCUCUUCAAACUCCUGCGAGGGCACAGUCCCUUCAGACAGCACAAGACCAAAGACAAACACGAGAUUGACCGCAUGACGCUCACCAUGAAUGUGGAGCUGCCAGACUCUUUCACUGCAGAGCUCAAAGAUCUGCUGGAGGGGCUGCUGCAGAGAGACGUAUCCAAGAGGCUCGGCUGUCAGGGCCGAGGAGCUCCAGAGGUGAAGGAACAUCAGUUCUUCAAAGGCAUCGACUGGCAGCAGGUGUACCUGCAGAAGUACUCUCCUCCUUUAAUUCCUCCCAGGGGGGAGGUGAACGCUGCGGACGCCUUUGACAUCGGCUCCUUUGACGAGGAGGACACCAAAGGCAUUAAGUUGCUGGACAGCGACCAGGAGCUGUACAAGAACUUCCCUCUGGUCAUAUCGGAGCGCUGGCAGCAGGAGGUGGCGGAGACGGUUUAUGAGGCGGUCAACUCGGACACGGACAAGAACGAGGCUCGCAAGAGGGCGAAGAACAAGCAGCUGGGCCACGAGGAGGACUACGCCCUGGGAAAGGACUGUAUAAUGCACGGCUACAUGCUGAAGCUGGGGAACCCGUUCCUGACCCAGUGGCAGCGCCGAUACUUCUAUCUGUUCCCCAACCGUGUGGAGUGGAGGGGGGAGGGCGAGUCACGGCAAAACCUGCUGACAAUGGAGCAGAUUGUGACGGUCGAGGAGACGCAGAUUAAAGACAAGAAAUGCAUCCUGCUGCGCCUCAAAGGAGCGAAGCAGUUUGUGCUGCAGUGUGAGAGCGACCCGGAGUUCGUGCAGUGGAAGAAAGAGCUGACCGAAGCGUUCACAGAAGCCCAGAAGCUGCUGCGCCGCGCCCCCAAAGUGAUCGGGAAGGGCCGGGCCGGAGUGGUGGAGCUCUCCAAACCUCCUCUCACACACCGCAAUAGCAAUGGCCUGUGAAUACACACACACUCACACACACACACACACACAUAUAUAUAUGAGUGUGUGUAUAUAUGUACAUGCACACACACCUUGAUACACACAAACACACACACACACACCAUCCCCCUUCCUCAUCAGCUGCAAGACUUUUGCCAAGACACCUUCCUGCUGCCCACCCACAAGACCUCGCAGUGUGUGUUUGGACCACCCCCACCAGCCUGUUAUUACACACACACACACACACACACACACACACACCAUGACGACCAAUCACAGUUUUUGUUUUUGUCUGCCAUGGGACCUCGCCAGUUCACUGAGAGGGAAGAGGAGAGAAACAUUCGGGAGGACUCAGCAUGUGAAGAACCUCUGCAUGAAUGUGUCGAGGACUGGCGUCCAGUCCUCUCCUGUCCCCAUCUGUCUUCUUUUUCUCUGUCCUCCUCCUCCUCCCCUUCCUGUCUCUCCUCCUCCACCCUCCCACCGCCUCGCUCUGUUUGAAUCAGGUGAAUCUGGAGGGGGACCCCUCUCUUGUUGGAACAGCGUGACGGACUCCUCACAGAGCUGAAGACGUGUCCGGCUGAGGGACAUUCCUCCUGUCUGUCUCUGUCUCAGACGUGAUGAAAGCGAGACCAGGCUUUAGUGGGGGAAUGUAUAACAGAAAAGGCCGCUGGGCUGCUUCUCGUCAUCUCCCCCUCAAACCAUUCCUCCCUCCGUUACUGAAGUGCGUAAAGUGCCAACAUCAAUAUUUACUCGAGUCACCUGAGCACCCAGGAGGACCUGCUCGGUGGCAGACGUCGCCCGCGGACACACAGAGGCGGAGGUUGUUUGUGGGCGGAGGUGGUGGUUGAUCAUUCCAAUGCAGAAAACAGGAAGUACAGGAAGCACAGACUCUUUCAGAUUGGCUCUUGUACAGCCAGUUACCAUAGAGACUGAGAUUCCAUUGGCUGACAAACAGCAGCCGGUUGCCAUGGGAACCAUGAAGACUGGUAUACCUGGGGGAUCCCUGACCAAGGACAACGGUGUAACUAUUGUGUAUGAAAUGGGGGGGGG